AUGCCGACCAGCGUGGGGGGCCCCGCGCCCAUCAGCUCGCGCCAGGGCCGCGACAAGCAGCGUUACACGGAGGAUGGCGCGCGCCUGGUGGCUGGGUGCAUACCAAUCCGCUACAAGGGCGCCCCUGGCUGCGCCGGCGACGUGGAGGUGCUGCUGAUCACCAGCAGGGGCGGCAAGGGCUGGGUGUUCCCAAAGGGCGGCUGGGAGGAUGACGAGUCAGUGGAGUCUGCCGCGAAGCGGGAGACCGUAGAGGAGGCCGGCGUCAGGGGGGCCAUUGAGGUGUCGCUGCCAGAGGCGAGCGUGAUCUGCCGCCACCAGUGGAUGCGCGACGCGCUGCAGACGCUGGCGCAGUCCAGGGGCUGGGACCUGGGCACGGCGGGCGGGCAGGGCGACGCCGCGGGGCCGCCUGGGGCGCAGUUCGACUCUGGAUCGGCGUCGCUUUGA